AAAGGCUAUUUGUUCAUUUAUGGUGGAAAAGAAAAUGGCUUUACUUUGGGGCAUGUUUUAAUCUUGAUCAGAAGGAUGAGAAGGAUGAGAAGGAUGAAAAAGAAAUUCGGCUGACUAAUUCGUGUUUGGGAGUGAGAAGAGAUGUUAAAUCCAAGACCUAUCAGGUCACUUAUUUGAAAGUCAACGCCAUUGAAAUCUACAAGAGAUUAGAUUAUUGUAGUAGAAAGGCUUUUUUCAAUCCGGAAAUUAGUAUAUCAUGUGAAUAA